AUGAAAAUUUGGACAUCACAACAUAUAUUUGAUCAUGACUGGGCAACAGUAGCGACUGCUGCAUUAAAUAAAUAUCCAAAUCCAGUAAGUCCAAGUGUAGUCGGUUGUGAUGUUGUUGAUCGAACGAUUAAUUCAUCCGGUGUUAUUCAUUCACAUCGUCUUUUAUUAGCCAAUUGGGGUAUUGCACCAGCAUUAAAUAAAAUAUUUAACAUGAAUGAACUUGGAUAUGCAAGUGAGCAUUCAACAAUUGAUGCUCGACGACGUGUUAUGACUGCACGAACAAGAAAUUUAACAUUAAAUCGUUUUAUUAGUAUUGAAGAACGACUUGAAUAUACUGAACAUCCAACUGAUAGUUCAAAAACAUUACUUAAACAAGAAGCAACAAUUAAUGUUGAAAAAGUUCCAUUGACUAGUUAUGUUGAAACACUUGUCGCAAAAACAAUUAAUACAAAUGCGACUAAAGGUCGUCUAGCUAUGGAAUGGGUUAUUGACCGAAUGCGUACUGUUCCAUCAUCAGAACCAACAGAACAAUUAGCUUAA